AUGCCUCUCUGUCCGGCCUUCUCCGGCUGGGCGGACGAAAACAAUGACGACAGCGCUGCCCGCCCGGCAGGUCUGACGGCGACGGCGGAGGCGGUGGACGAAGAGGUGACGGCGACGGGCGGCAGAGUUCCGCGCCGCGCGCGGCUCAGCAAGAACAACCCGCAGGUCAAGGCGUACGCGCAGAUGCUCGAGAUGCAGCAGGCGCAGAUCGCGUCGGAAGUGGGCGUGGCAUCGGACAAGGUGGCGUACAGCUACAAGUACUCCUCCAACGGCUUCUCGGCGGAACUCACGGCGGAGCAGCUGCGGCGGCUGAAGCGCCACCCCGCCGUGGCGUCCGUGCGGCCGAGCGCGCGCAAGCGCCUCUUCACGACCGAGUCGCCCACCUUCCUCGGGAUGAACACCGCCGGGUCGCUCUGGCCCGCGAAUGGCGGGCAGGCGAAGGCGGGCGACGGCACGGUCGUCGCAAUCAUCGACACGGGCAUUUGGCCGGAACACCCGUCGUUUAGCGACGCGGGAUUUUCCUCGUCGCGCCCCGCCGGGUGGUCGGGGAAGUGCGACGCGACGAAGGAUUUCAAGUGCAAUAACAAGCUCAUCGGAGCGCGCGCGUUUUAUAAGGCGUAUAAAAGCGCCAACGGGAUCGAUCUCACCGGGGAUUGGCUGUCUCCGCGCGACGCCAACGGCCACGGCACGUGGUGUGCGGGCGCGGCAGCGGGCAACAAGGGCGUGGCCAUGGCGGGCGACAAGGCGAGCGGCAUGGCCUUUGAGUCAACUCAACAGUUCCUCUCCCCCCCACCCCUCCAUUCCCCCCUUCCCCGAUCUCUUCCCACACGCAGCGCGGCAGCGGGCAAUAAGGGAGUGGCCAUGGCGGGCGGCAAGGCGAGCGGCAUGGCGCCAGCGGCGCGGCUCGUGAUGUACAAGGUCUUCUGGUCGUCCAGCCAGGGCAUGUGGGCGGAGGAGGCGGACAUCAUCGCAGCCGUCAAUCAGGGAGUGGCGGACGGCGUGGAUGUGAUCUCGCUCUCCCUGGGCGGCGUCAACCCCACCGACACCUACUUUGAUGAUAUUGCCUUCCUCAACGCCAACCUCGUAAGAGAUCCCCUCCCCCCUCCCCUCUCGACUGUGCUCCCCUCCGUGAACCCCACCGACACCUACUUUGACGUCAUCGCCUUCCUCGAUGCCAACCUGGCGGGCGUGGUAGUGACCUUUGCGGCGGGCAACGACGGCCCCCCACAGGGUUACCGCACGCUUGACAACUAUGCGCCCUUCUACCUCACAGUCGGUGCUAGCACCAUUGCCCGCGGCGGCCUCACUCUCGCCAGCUCAGCAGGCGCAUCCAGGUCAGCAUCAUCCGCCAAUCUGACGUCAUCCUCAGCCACACCCUCAGCGGGCGACACCGCGCCCACCGUGGCCGAAUUCUCCUCCACAGGCCCCCUCAUCUUCCCCGACAUCGGCACAGGCAACGGCCUGGCCACCGACUCGAUCUUAAAGCCCGACAUUCUCGGCCCGGGAGUGGAUCUCUACGCUGCUGCGCCAGGCAGCCGCGUGGGCGACAAGGGUGGGUCGGCUCAGCUGUCCGGAACCUCCAUGGCGACGCCUCACCUGGCGGGGAUUGCUGCUCUGGUGAUCCAGAAGUACCCUUCUUGGAGCCCCGCGCAGGUCAUGUCUGCUAUCAUGACGACAGCUACUACCAAGGAUGUCAAUGGCGCUGCUAUCUCUAGCGCUGCGUCAGGGCAAGCGGCCACGCCGUGGGAUAUGGGCAACGGGCAUGUGUUCCCGCCUAGGGUUCUCGACCCUGGGUUGACGUACGACGCUCGGAAAACCGCGUAUUUGAAUUUUCUGGCCGGGCUGGAUAUGCAGAGGACCCAGUCUGAGUACCCGAAUGAAAAGCUCACCUCUGUGCCUCCCAGGAACCUCAACCGCCCCACCAUCGCACUUGCCAACCUCAAGGGCUCGAUCACAGUCACACGCACCGUCACCUGUGUCGCUGACUCUGGCUCGACUUACACUGCCAAGAUUCAGAAGCCGAAUGGGGUGGAGGUGACUGUGAAGCCCAGCAGUUUCACCAUCUCGCCUGGCCAGAAGGUCAGCUUUGUGGUGACCUUCAAGGUGACUAAGACCUCAACAAACUUUCAGUAUGGGAGCCUCACUUGGGUGGAUGAGAAGGGCCACUCUGUGCGGUCGGCCAUUGCCGUCAAGCCUGCCAGGAAUGGUAUCAGUGCUGGUCGGAGGAGUCUACGCACGCGACGAGUGGCGAGCAUGAUGACGUCAAGCGAAGCCUCCGGUACUUCCUCGGGUGGUGUCGUUGUCAAUUCCGGCGAACCCUGGGCAACCGCGACGAUGUUCGACACGUCGGCGGUACCGAUUUUCACGGGACAAAACUACUCCGCGUGGAAGUUUAAGUUCCAAGUGCUCAUGAUGGAGCGGGGACUUUGGGGUCUCUUCGAUGGGACGGAGAAAAAGCCGACGGACGACGAGAGCGCCAUCGCGGCAUGGAAGAAGAAGGACCAAAAGGCGUUCGCUACGCUAAUCUCGCGGAUCGGCAUCAACCUCGUGAGCUCGGUGCGCACGUGCAUCAAGCUCGAAGCGUCGGCGCAUGAAGCGUGGAAGCGGCUCGAGACAAUGCACGUGAACAAGACUCUCCACGGCAAGAUCCUAGCCCGGAACGCGUUCUACACGGUGAAGUUGCGCGCGGGCGAAUCGAUGCACGAGUAUGCGACUCGUGUGGAGGAACUCGGGGAAACAUUCUUGGACCUCGGUGGAACGGUCAUGGAGGAUGAUUGGAUUCUCACCUUGCUUUGCGGCCUUCCGGAAGAGUGGUCGACGGUGAUUACGACACUCGAUAGCGUGCAAGGCACUUGGACGAAAGAAAUGGUGGUUGGUCGGCUUCUCCAUGAGGAAUCGCGUCGCCGACAAUUCGCUAAUGAGAGCGUGGAGACCGCCAUGUUCUCCGGAGGGAGUUCCGGAGGAAAGUCCAAGUGGAGCAAGGGUGCGACGAAGAAGUCGUACGGUGGAAGCGAUCGCGGCAAGGGGAACACAUCAAACGGCGCGAGCAAGUGCCACUAUUGCGGCAAAGCGGGACACUUUUGGCGAGAGUGUCGGAAGCGGCCGAGCGAUUGGACUCCAUCGAAGGCGCGGAACCACGAGGGCAACGCGCACACGGCAUCCGGCGAGGCGGAUGAUACAAGGGAGUCGAUCGUGUUAUUGGCCGGUGACGGGACCAACACUCCAAACGACGCGUGGUUCCUCGACACCGGCGCAACGCAACACAUGACGCACUCGGCAUCGUUCCUCACCAACGUUGGUGCACCGCGGGACGUCAAGCGUGUCGUCUUCGGGAACAACAAGUCGCUACCGGUGGUUGGAGUUGGGAGUACGCGUCUCAUCGUCGAUGGCGGACCGGUUGACAUCACGAACGUGCUUCACGUUCCAGGGUUGAAGGUGAAUCUACUCUCCGUCACUCAACUCGCGAAGAAGGACGUGAAGGUCACCAUCGACGGCGAGAUGAUGAACCUCUUUUGGAAGGGGAAGCAAUUCGCACAAGGCGUUCUCAACGGAGAACCCUACCAACUCAAGAUGCACCCGGGAGUGGCUUCAUCCAACGUGGCGCAAGGUUCAAAGGCGACUCUUAAGGCGUGGCAUAAUCGGCUUGCGCACGCCAACUACGACUCGGUCAAGGAGUUGGUCAACAAAGGACUCGCGAAGGGAGUCAACGUGAUCGCCGGCGACGACGAGAAGGGCGUGUGCGCGGCGUGUGUCGAAGGAAAAAUGGCUCGCAAGCCAUUUGGCUAA